AUGGCGGAACCGGAUCCGGAUCAACAUCUGAAGCGCAUCCUGAAUGUGAUGGGCGUUAGCACGCGGAUCGGCAAUGUGGUGCAGCUGGUGAAACGGCGCCGCGGAAGCCCUCCGAAGAUCACCGAAGAGCAGCAGCAACAGCAGCGCUUGGAGCAAUCGAAAGAAGCUCGGAUGGAGCGGUUAAACGCACUCGGCACCAAGCAUCGCCAUGUGCUCGAGGUGGCCGCCACUAUGUUGGCCGAGGAACCGGACACUGUGAUCGAUUGUGUGGCCGAUCGGGUGGAGGAUGUUCAGCUGCUCGAUAGUCUCUUCAACGCAGACGGUCCCAAAGGGUUGCUGGUGUUUUAUGGUUUGCGCCCAGCGCCCGGUAUCGACAGUGGCCGGUAUAAUGCGAAGCAGAAGCAACCAUCGCAUCAGGCCUGGGUCACGGAUGGACGCGAUGGGAAGAUGACGAGCGUGCUGGUUGGUGUCAGUCGCCAUAGCACCGUGAAACCAAUCGAGAUGAAGGGUCUCGGUGAGGACCUCCUUUUCACCUACACCCCGGUACCGGGAGGACGUUCCGUCGUUUACACGUUGGUCGUGCUUGUCGAGCGCGUUCUGAAACCAUCGAUCGAACUCAUCCGCGAUUAUGGCCACUGUAGCGAGCUGCAGCAGAGCAACUUCCGGUACGGAGUGAACCGAUUCCUCGCGUUUCUACAAAGCACCGAAAAGGACAUCGCCGAGCGGAUCCUCUUCGUGGUCGAUAAUCAACUCUACAAAGGAUUCAUGCUGACCGAGGUGCAGGUACAGGAGACGGCCCGCGAUCGCGAACGGAUGAAAGCAGUCGAGCGGUCCUUCCACCGUUGGCUGGAGCAGAUCCAGUUCGCCCUGACCCAGGGUGACCAGAUCGAACAGGCACCACACCAGGCCGGUCCACUGGUCGAGCUCGAGUACUGGCGCACCGUACUAACGCGCUACACCUCGAUCAGUGAGUUCACGGAGCAAAAAGUGUUCAAACAAUUCCUUCACUGCCUCAAACUGUCCCGCUGCCGGCUGGUCAAACUGUGGGACACGCUAGCGGCCGAACUGUCGGCGAAACUAAUCGAAUCCCGAGACAACGUACGCUUCAUCAGUGCCAUCGAACAUUUUUGGGAUCCACUGUACCGCUGUGAGCCACGGGAGGCGACCCGUUGCAUGCCAACGCUGCUCGGUGUUAUCCGGCAGGUGUACCGGUCCUCGUCCUACUACAACACGGCCGAUCGUAUCACGGGCCUGCUGACGAAGGUUGCCAACCAAAUCAUCAUCAACUGUCGCCUAUUUCUGACGAACCGCGGAACGAUCCGGAUCUACGGGCAACCGAAAGAGGUCGUGAUUGGUAAGAUUGAACACUGCCAGAAGCUGGAGGGCGCUUUCCGCACAGAGUACCAGCGAACGGUGCAGCGAAUGGUCGACAGGCCGGACGAGACACCGUGGGAAUGUUCGGAGGUGUUUGUGUUCGGGAAGCUGGACCACUUCCGGGCGCGCAUCACGAAAAUUAUGGAAGUGAUGGAUCUCUAUCGAAAGUAUGAGAUCAUCGACCGGGUGGCCAUCAGCGGGACGGAGAGCUAUUCCGGUCGGAUAAAGGCGGCGUACGAGGUGCUGACGACGAAACCGUACGAUCCGCUCAUCUACACCGAUCACCGAUUCGAUGAGGAUCACCGCCGGUUUCUGCAAGAGGUCGAGACAGCCGAGCUUGGGCUGGCCAAGUUCCUGAAGCAACUGAUGGCCAGCGAACGGACGGUCGAAGGUAAUCUGCUUGUGCUCCGACGCUUCGAGCGACUCCAGCUCGAUUGUUUAUGCGUCGAGCGUCGCUUUCUCGAUGUGGCCGCCCUACUGGAGCGAUUCAUAUUCGCGCUGAAGGACGUGUACAGCGAGCAGAGGGCGAAUCCACCGAUCCCCCAAGGAGUACCCGAGACAGCUGGCCGCAUCAUGUGGUCCCGUUCUUUGCUACGCCAGAUCCGGGAACCGUUUGCCGCCCUCCGAGGACAUCGGUGCGUGAUCGAACACCAGCGAGCACAGCUGUGCGUCAAGUACUACAACUUUCUGUGCGAGGUUCUGCUCCACUACGAGCUGAUCCAUCACGAAGCGUGGACGCGGCAGGCGAUCACGACAAAGACGGCCACUCCCGUGUACCGGCGACAGGAGGGUCACCUUCAGCUCGAAAUGAAUCUACACCCCUGGGCAAGGCAGCUGAUUCGCGAGACGGAAAUAAUGCUGAAGCUCGGUCUCGCCGUACCGGAACCGGCGAUUGCACUCGUCCAGCGCAAGGAGCAGCUGUACCGACAGUACGAGCACGCCAAGUAUCUUCUCGGUCACAGCGAUGCCCUGCGCCUUAGCAUUCCACCCAUCUUUCUACCGCUGAUGCGGACAACGCUAGCGAAACUGGAUGCGGCUUUCCUACCAGGCCUCACGGUCGUCACCUGGGAGUCACUGAAUCUUGGUAGCUUUCUCGAGCAGCUUGAAAGGACCGUCCAGCGGACGG